UUAACAUUGCGUUUAUUGUUUUAAUCAAGAAACCUUUGAAAAGACAAUAAAAUAUCGAGCGAGGUAAUGUGUGAGGUUAGGAAAUAAAUUCAUCCAUAAAGUUUUGAUUCCAUUCGAUUCUCGAGGAAUCAUGAAUGAAAAUAUCGUGACAAAAGAAGAUGAAGACAAGAAAUUUCGCACCAGAGCCAGUUUAUUCCUGGCUAGUGUUGCUGGAAUGUCUGCAGUGAUAGGUUUUGGCUCAACGUUAGCAUCAGCAAAGAAAUCCGAUCCAAAAUACUUCAAUAAAGGCGUUGUACCAACGCUAGAAAUGCGUGAAACUGGAGCUAUGUUAGCUCUCAGAGCAUUAGGUUGGGGCACAUUCUAUGCAUUCACUGGUUGUGGAUUGUUAUUCUAUGGAAUAUGGAAAUUAUCUGGUGCAAAUGAUCUUAAAGAAUUUAGGUAUAAAAUCGGUUCAGUACUGCCAAGAAUACCAAAAAACAAUCCACCCCAAGGUAGGACUGAAUUUGAAGGACUAAAUGACCUCAUGGAGUAUCUUUCAACAUUGAAAGGUGAUAAAGAUAAGAAGUAGCAAGAGCUACGCUUUAUUAUAGUGUAAACAAUAUGAUAUAGGCAAAUUCUUUUGUAAAAUAAAAAUUAAUAUAGGAAAACACAAUCAGAA